GACUAAACAAACCUCAAAAUAAUUGUUUUCCUCUGUCAUAGAUUUUAAUAAUAUUUUCUUGAGCUAAAAUGGUUAUUGUUCACGUAAAACACAAAGACACCAGCCAAUUUUUGUGCGAAGCACCCCUGGCCACUCCAGUGGACGAUUUGGUAAAAGGAAUCUGCGCAAUUUACAAUGGACGACUGAAAAUCGACAGAGUUUGCAUGGAAAUCGAGGAAUUGGCCAAACACGGAACCCUUUUGCCUCCAGAAAUUAUGGGCUUAACGGAAGACCAAGUCGAAGAACUCAAACUGAAAGACGAUUGGGGUGAAAAAUGCGUCCCAAGCGGAGGUUUCACCAUCAACAAAGACUCAGUAGGACGCAGAAACGGGAAACAACCCCGAAAGCAAAUGCAAGACGUCUUGAACAAUGCUGUAAAAGAAGCCAAGGCGAUGAUUGACAAAAAUCUCGUCCUACAAGGCAAAUGCUUAACAAUGAAAAUCGUCCAAGAAACCUUGAACAUACUCAAAGGCGCAGUAACAAUUGUUUACCCCAUGAAAUUACCUCCUCAUGAUAUUAUUCGUAUGGAAUUUGAAAAUAUCGAAGACCUGACUGGUACCCAGGCUUCGUUGGAUGUCAUCGAUCCUGGUACUGCUCAGGUGUGGUUUUGCGGCAAAGAAAUGUACAGAGAUGAUAAGAAAAAGUUGGGAGAUUAUGUAGGGAAAAUUGAGAAUUGCAAAGUAAUAAUAAAAUUAUCAAAACGCGGCGAAGGUGCACCAGGUAGAGAACCCAUAAUGUCAGAAGAUCAAAGGAAGCAGUUGAUGUUGCAUGCUUACAGAAGACAAGAGGAGCUAAAAAAGUUGGCUGAAGAUGAAGACGAUGCGUAUUUGAACUCCAAAUGGGCCGACGGUGGUAGUUUGAAAAAGUCGUUUCACGGAUUAGACAAUAUUUCCUGGAAACCGUUUGGAAAAUAAUUUCUUUAGUUAAAAUAAAUAACCUGUAAUUUAAUUCAAUCUGUUUGGGGCGAUUUUCUAUUAUAAUUGGC